CAUUUGUAUUCAUACCCACGCGGUGUCGCCGUCUUCCCAGAAGCAACCACUCCAUCCUAUCCCUUUCUAGUUUCUAUAUAAACCCUUUCAUUCCCUCCAAACUACUCCAUCUAUCCCUUCCCAUCUCUUUCUUACGCAUACACACAUCUUUCGUUUGUUUUUACGAUCAUAACCUUUUGCUCAAAGAUGAAUACUACAAGUGAGCCUGCAGCUGCACAAGGUCCUUAUGCUGCACAAGGUCCUUAUGUGGUACCACCACCGGCUGGUUAUCCUACAAAAGAUGACUCUCAGAAUCCUCCUCACGGCCCAGUGGAAACCAAGUCAAGGGGUGAAGGGUUCUGGAAGGGAUGGUAA